CAGUCCAGUGGCUUUUGGCUGGCUUGAGUAAAGACUCCACAACCAGCUGCACUGUUGAGUCGCCGGCACACGCGCAUCUGCGGGAAUGGAGUGAACGGAGGGUGUGUGUUGGGCUGGAUACGGCAAAGAAAGGUCACAUCUGCAGCCUGAACUCAGAUAUUUUGAAAACUGCAGAGUAACAAAACUAGACAUGGAUUGUAAGGAGGAGAUCAGUGACUCUGAUAGCGGGAUCAUUUUAAACUCUGGCCCAGACAGUCCCACAUCUCCGGUGAAGGAUGUGACUAACAAACAUAAAGAGCUGACUGGAAAGCUGCCCUCCGAUUACCCUCUCCUGCCUGACGAGAAGCCUCCGCAGGUCCGACGACGGAUCGGAGCCACUUUCAAACUGGAUGAGGGUUUUAUUUCACAAGAUGGCGAGGAGUCUGAGCUGCACGCGCUCGAGGCUGAUCUCGCCCUGCAGCGGCAGAUUUAUGAGGCAGCCCGAAAGCUCUCCCUCGAGGAGCACAUCAGCAAACCGGUGAGGAAAAGCCGACUGCAGCAGUGUAAACGUGAAGAGAAGAAGCUGAAAGAGCUGCAGGAUGCGAUACUGAAACACCGCAUCAACCACGGCUGUGUCUCUCCACAGACCUGCUAUUCUUCCAGACAGAGAGAUCUUUGUAUGUCUGAUGACAGCUCGCUGUCUGAUGCUGUUGCCUUAGAUGAUGACUCAGACUCUGCUCCCUUUUCUCCAGCUGUUCUGGGGUCUUCCACAGACAGCGGUUUCCAGUGUCUGACUCUCUUGCCCAAUAACGGCCCAAAGCAAUCGAGCUCCAGUUCCAGUCUGGACUAUGAUGCCUCACCCAUCCAGAACUCUCCAUGGAAGGAGUCCAGCUUGGACCAGCCCUACCAGAAACAAAAACCUUCUCACUCCGCCUGCAGCAGCCGCUCAAGCAGUCCAACAGGCUCACCAACAGACACAAGAAUGGCAGAACUUCCUCCAGCACCCCAGUUUGUGUUUAAGAGUCUGCCAGUACGAAACAAUCAGCCAAACAGCGCCCCCUCCACCCCAGAGCUGCCACUGCGCCGACAGUUCUCACAGUCCUUCAGGCUUCCCAGAAGCAAACCAGAAUUGACCAAGGCCAGCUCAGACCUGGGACGGGGCCGGACCAAGUUGCCGCGACAACGAGUGACCGAUUUCACAUUAGCCUACUCAGUUCAACGUUUAUAUCAGUGCAGCUCUGAAGACAGCAGCUCCGAGCUUUCCAUUUCCUCAUACAGCAGUUCCUCCAGCCGAGAGACGACCACCGAGGCACCUAAACCCUAUCCGCCUCCAUACGGCUACCAUCGCACCGCUCCAAAUAAAGGACCAAGCCAGCUCAACACCUACAGUACACUCAAAAACAACAACAAAAACCCACCUCACCUCGUGCCCGGCCCCAAUCGAGUGAAGAUUAGCAAUGGGACACCACUUCAGGCAGACAUGGCAAGGUUGCAACUCAGACAGAAUUCACAAUCUGAUCCUGUACAUACUAAUAAACCCCAACAAGUCGAGGUUAUCUCACCCAAACGAAUGCUCAAGCCUCCCCCGCCAUACACAAAGGUGGUCCGCACGACGUCACUAAGAGAAUAUCCCAACCACCCCAGCCGUGUGCUUCCUCGAGAUGUGGUAUCAGGGGAACUUAAAACCUGGCACCAGAAAAACAAUAUAGUCAUAUCCAAACCCCGCUCACUUGAACGGCAAGGAUCGAUUCGAAUCAAGCGCCCAGUGCCGCCGCCCUACCACCAGAUUCCCUCUCAUAAGCAGGUUUCUCAGAAGGUGAUUCUGCAAAGGGCUUCGGAUGGAACGCCGCUGCAGUGGUACGAAGAGGAAGACUCCGAGAUUGUGAGUCAGGUGUAACCAGGUAGAAGAAACCUGGAGGAGAUGACACAGAGAAUAAGUGAACUCUCAUUGUACAUGUCUUUAUUUUUAUUUAUUGAGCCAAUGGACUCACCGAUGUAGUCUGAUUAUGUUCAUUCUCACCGAGGCUUUUUGACCAAGUUGGAGCUGAGCCUCGAUUCCAUAUAUGCCUACAUUUGUGAUUAAAUUUCAAGUCUAAGACUUCCUUGUAAGGCAUCAUGCCAGAUGUUUAUGAUGAAUGUAUAAUAUAAUUGUGCUUUUAUUGAUGUCAGUAGAGUGUGGCCCACCUUUUGCAAAAGAAUGCCCUCACAGAAAUGACAUCUUUUAGUAUAUAUUUGUGUCUUGUACACGAUUCUUCAUAAUUAAUGUAUUACGUAAUGUCUUAGUUUC